GUCGCUCCCAAAACGUGCUCGUUCCCGCUGAGUCACGCGAUGACGUCUCACUUCGAGCUUCAAGAUCUCCCAGUGAGCGACUGACUGGCGGCGGGCAGUAAAGAUGGCGACGGAGCUUACGGUGUGCGCGAGUUCCCGGAGAAGAUGACGACGACGACAAGAUUAGUAACUUUCGAGCCGCGGCGUUGACAGUGCUCGCUUUAAAGACCUUGCGACAGAGGCUCGCGAACUUGCUGACUUUGACGGUAGUUAAACAAACCUAACGGAUACAACAGGCGCGCGGACAUAUCGUUGCUUUUGCCAUGGAGGAUAUCAACUCAAACAUCAACGCGGACUUGGAGGUGCGGAAGCUUCAAGACUUAGUGAAGAAACUCGAGCAGCAGAACGAGCAGCUCCGGAGCCGUUCCAGUCUGCUCUCUUCCUCCUCUUCCGGUGGACUGUCGGGGAACACCAGACCCGUGAGCGCCGGUUAUGAUUCUCCGGGAGCCGCGGCGGGGCUCGCCGGGUUCACUGGGGUGGGGUUCGGCGGAUCGAGGGGUUUCGGAGGGGUUUUGGAAAUCUCUCGGCUGAGCCCCAGACGGUCAUAUCACGGCAGCAGUUACGGAGGGGGUUAUGACAGUGACAGCGCUUCUUGUGUCGCCUCGAACACGAGUCUCGCGUCUUAUUACGAUUCGCUGGAUUUUAUCGAAGACGGAGACACUUCGGUGCUGGACGAGGUGGAGAUUCUCGAUUUGGAGGACAUGGAUUGCCUGAACGAAGAGGAAGACAGCUGGUUGUACGAGGCAAAAUUGAACAGUCCUCUGCAGAAAGCCUUGAGUCCGAUUGUGUGGUGCAGACAGGCUCUGGAUAACCCCAGUCCUGAUAUGGAGUCUGCCAAACGCUCUCUCUUACACAGACUCGACCUUACCAUGUCAGCAAACAAGCGGAGGAGUCUAUAUAACAGUUCCUACAGUCCUCAAGUGGGCUACGGAAGCCCGUACUGCACAAACACAGCAAACAGUCCCUAUAGCAGUGGCUUCAACUCCCCGUCCUCCACUCCAUCUAGAGUGCCUAUCGUCAAGCAGCUCGUUCUGCCUGGCAGUGCAGGUCACCAGCGUGGAUCAGCUGACAGAAACGCACAGGCAGUGAGCCCACAGUCAUCAGUAGACAGUGAGUUGAGCACAUCAGAGAUGGAUGAAGACUCUGUUGGUUCAUCGACCACAUAUAAACUCAAUGACGUCACAGACGUGCAGAUUCUCGCCCGCAUGCAAGAGGAGAGUUUAAGGCAAGAAUAUGCUGCAACAGCGUCACGUCGUAGCUCUGGUUCAUCAUGUCAGUCAUUGCGACGAGGAACUCUGAGUGACCAGGAGCUGGAUGCACAGAGCCUGGAGGAUGAUGAGGAGGCGGUCCACCAUUCCUACCACACACCUGUCAACCGUUUCAGCCCCUCCCCUCGGCACUCACCCCGCGUCUCCCCCAGGAACUCGCCCCGAUCCCGCUCACCCACCCACUCUUUAGAGUACAGCCGCGGAUCUCCCCAACCAAUCAUCAGCCGCCUUCAGCAGCCCCGCCACUCUCUGCAAGGCCAUGAUACGCAGACCAACGCCAUUAAGAAUGAAGAAAAGCUGAGACGGAGUCUACCGAACCUCACACGAUCCAGCUCUGGACCGACUGCAGAGCCAGUUAAAAACAGCAGGAGCUGUGAGUCAAACUUGCAAGUGCCAAACGGAGGAUCACCCAGACACCAGAGUCAGUCUGCCACGUCACACCAAAGGCUCUCCGCACCUGCUCGUUCCUCCCCAAAACCAAAAGAGAGACUCCAGAGCCCUACGUCUCUACGAGUCCCUCUCUCGUGUUGCUUUGGUGAGGAAACAGAUUUCAUGCCCUCCUCCAGUAAGUUGCGGACUCCCGCUGCCCCGUCUCCCUUGGCUCUCCGUCAGCCCAUGAAGGUUAUGUCCAACCAUGGUUCAGGCACAGCCACGCCCACACGCUCUAUGGCCCCGCCCCGCAGUGGCCUGCCCCGCCCCGCCGCCAAUGCUGGAGAAGGUUUGCCAGUGCCUCGCAGCAAACUGGUCCAGCCUGUGCGCAGGUCUUUGCCAGCUCCAAGGACAUACAGCGGUAUCAGAGACGAGAGCUGGAGAGAGGGCUGCUACUGAGCGCACCCAGAACCAGCAGCACAAAUGGGCUUUCAGUUCAAACUGGCACUUUAUAGAGACACAUCUUUAACCCCCACAAAUAAAGAGACGCAUUCUUCCAAACAAAUGAUUCUGUCCUCUUUCAGGUGACAUUGCAGAACUCCCAUCCCAGCAGGAUAGAUGUGGAAGGCAGGCUGGAUGCCACAGAAUGCCAAAGAACAACAACAACAACAA